AUGACUAAUGAUCAGAAAAUUAUUCAUAAAGAUGUGACCUGUGAGUCAACUACUUGUUUCGUAAACACUAUAUUGCCAAAUGUAUUUGCUCACCUGCCUUGACUCAGAUCUGAAUUAAGUGACAUCCCAUUCUUAAUCCAUAGUGUUUAAUAUGACAUCGAUCCACCCUCUGCAGUCAUAACAUCUUAAACUCUUUUGUGAAGGUUUUCCACAAGGUUUAAGAGUGUGUUUAUGGGAAUGUAUAACCAUUUUCCCAGAAGCGCAUGACACUGAUGUUAAAUGAGCAGGCCUGGCUCUCAAUCGCUGCUCUAAUUCAUCUAAAAGUGUUCUAUAGGGUUGAGGUUAGGAUUGUGCAGGCCAGUCAAGUGCAUCCACAUCAAACUGUCAUCUCCAGCUUUAUGAACCUUGAUUUGUGCACUGAUGCACAGUUAUUGUGGAACAGCAAGGGACCGUCUCCAAAUUGUUCUCACAAAGUUGGAAAUGUUCUAAUUAUUAGCCCCUGAGCUCAUUUGAAAGGAACUGAAUGCUUCAGCAUACCGAAAGAUUUUAGACAAUCAAAUAGUUUGUGGAUUACCCCUUCCUUUUCCAACAUGUCUGUGCACCAAUGCACAAAGCAAUAGCCACCAAGACAUGGAUGAGAGAAUUUGAUGUGGAUGAACUUGACCGGCCUGCACAGAAUCCUGCCCUCAACCCGAUAGAACACCUUUGGGUUGAUUUUGAGUGGACAGUGAGCCAGGCCUUCUCAUCCAACAUCAUUGUGUGACCUCACAAAUAUACUCUUGGGAGAAUGAGCCAAAAUACCCCUGAACCCACUCCUAAACCUUGUUGAAAGCCUACCGACAAGAGUUGAAGCUGUUAUAGCUGCAAAGGGUAAACCAACUUUAUAUUUAACCAUAUGGAUUUAGAAUGGGAUAUCACUUAAAAUCCUUGGUGAGUCAAGGCAGGUGAGCGAAUACUUUUAACAAUAUAGUGUGAGACAUCACGAAAGCCUGUAAUUUACACAAACGUCGUCCUUCAAUCAUUUGCGGCAGAUAGAGGUGUACGUGCGCUGUAAAAGCAUCUAGCGUACGGUUUGUAAUUGUUAUUUUCAAUACACCAUAGGCAGGUUUUUGUUGCAUUGACAGCACUUCAGUUUUUUGAAAGGCCUAUUAACACACCGAAAACAAUACAAACCCAUUUAAACACAUAUUGAGCUAGAGCAAUGAAUAAAAUGAAAAUAUUAUACAAGCUGUAUAAAAAAUUGAGUAAGAAAUGUAAUCAAAAUUUGCAAUACAGUGGGACCGCGAAGCAUAAAUACAACCUCUUAGACUCCAGAGACUUGUGUGUCGUAUUCUCUUUGCGUUAACACCGCAGCCAGCCACGCAGAGCACUAUGCUAGAUAUGCUACUAUAAGAGAAACUAUUUAAUGAAAAAUCACUGCGGUGUGCAUCUUUCCCUUUUCUGCAGAAAUGUAGCGUUAAAGUUUACCAUGUGAAAACAAACUUAAAUUUUGCUUAAAUACUGAAUUAGGAAUCAACAAACUAAUAUUAUAAACACGAGGAAUCCAAUUUGCGAUAAAAGACAUCAGUGGUAUUUGUUUGUUGUUUUGUAUUUAAAUAUAUAACAUGAAUUCUUCUGUCUAUCUUCUAUUUAUCUAUCUCCAACUACCUUUCUUUUUGAUGUAAAUCUUUAUUGAAAGGCCAUCAAUAAAACGACCCAAAAAAAUAAUUGGACAUGUACUGUCUAAAGAAUAGCUUUAAAUGUUGUAAUGGUGUUGUAACCCUUUAAGCAAUGUAUCUUUUCACUCAAACGGUGAAGCAACACAGUUAGACAAUAAAACAAUACUCACGGGCAUAUAUUCUAAACGCAGUUAGUGCGUUCAGAAUUAUUCAGUCAUUCCCAACUCCCUAAUCGCUUCGAAGGGAUUUUAAGUGAACAUUUUAGGGAACGAUCUAGGUCUACUAUAUAAAAAAUCUUUGUAUAGUGAUUAGGGAGUUGGGAAUCUGUCAGUGUCCAUGUGUGUUGUGUUGUGUUGUGUUCAGACGCACUUGAACCCAUGCUUCCUGCAAUCGUCCCUCGCUGACGACCCUCGACCCCUGCAGAAAGACGUGUGGUGCCCCCUUGACCACGGAGACAUCUUCUCACUACUACCAGGGCAGCUCAUGUUUCGAGUGGCGGAAGUGGGCGGACGAACAUUAAUCAGCCCCCUCAGAGUAAGUGCCACGUGUGAGGGCUAUGCAAAACCUGUUUCACGCCAGAGAACCCCUCCCACUUCUCCUGGUUGUCAUGGCGCCAAGCCAGAGGCCUCCAACCAGGAGGCGUCGUUUGCAGGAGAGGCUCUAACUGAGGAAGACAAGGUGGGAAGGCAUGCGGUAGUCGCACCUUCACCUCGCAAGAAACGACUUUUACCUUCGUGGAUGAUGGCGGCCGUUAACUCGUCCAGCGCCACCCUGAGCCGCCAAGCCGCCAAGAAAAGCCGACAGACGGAGCUCAGCGACGACAAGAAGACAAAAGUGAAGAGGAUAAGGAAAGGGGACGGAUGUGCAGACGUUGCGUCAUCGCACGAGCAUCUCGCCAACGUGGAAGAGGACAACGAGCAACUGCAGGACGAUGACAGCGUCACCAUGGCGAUGGAGCAGGAGGCCCAAGACCACGGAGAAGGCACAAGCCGGAAGUGUGAUGUCACAACCAGGAAGUGUGACAUCAUUCCGAGCAGUCAACAGAACACAAGCGCAAAAGCCAAAGAAAAAGACAAGUCCUCUUCCAGACUGCGAACUGCCUGUCCAUAUGGAAAAGACUGCUACAGGAGUGCAGCCAUCCCGGAGACUCUGACUAUGAGGAAGAGGAGGAGGAAGAACGACCCGAGUGUCCCUACGGUAUCGACUGCUACAGGAAGAAUCCUCUUCAUCGCAAACAAUACAAACACACGAAGAACGCAGCUCGCAGCAGGCGGGCCGCCACCAAGGCAAAGGCAGCAUCCCGUGUGGACUCCGAUUCCGACUCUGGUGACAGCUUCAUCAACGACGACAGCGACAACGUCGAUGCCGACUCUGACUACGCCCCUCCGCCUGACUCUGACUGAUUCCUGUCACCUGAAUCCUACUAGGAUGACGAUGUGGAUGUGAAAGUGUGAUAUUAGCGUGUGAGCUGGUGUGCGCGCUCCGGAGGGUGACGUCAUGUACGCGCCCGCACCUGGCCAUUCUCGCUCGUGAUGUGGCCGAGGUAAGACAUGUACGCUGCUCUCUCCCAAUAGUCGCGGCGAUUAAAGUAAUAAAACAAAAUGUCAUAGUGAAUGUUGAUGAAUACUAUGUUGAAGAUAUGUGAACACUGUGUCUGUCCCCUAAAACCAUUUUCUGUCCGGCUGCAUUUUCAAUAAACAUCAGAAUAAUACAAAAAAA